AUGAAGAACUACGUCGCGAUUACGGCGUCAUCUCAUGCAUCGCCGGUGGUGGACGCGACGACCGACGUAUCAAAGCCGGAAUCACCCCCCAUCCGCCCUUGGAAUGUGAUGUUCGAUUUCCACUCCACGGGGCUUCCUCGCGGCGUCUCCGAUGCUUUCUCAAGAAUCAAAACGAAUCUCGGGUACUUCCGGAGGAACUACGUGAUCGCUGUAUUGAUCGUCGUCUUGAUCUUCAACUUUAUCAUCAUCUUCCACAGUCUUAUCAAGUAUCCGAUCUCCCUCAUCGGCUUCACCGUAUUGAUCUUUCUCUGGAUCUUCUAUUUGCUCCGCGACGAGCCUAUCAAGUUGUUCCGUUAUCAUAUCAACGAUCUGAUUGUCAGAAGUUGUUUAACUUUGAUAACCGUCGCUCUCCUCCUUUUGACCAACGCGACGUUCAACAUUAGUCGGCCGUUGUUGAUCGGAUAUGUGCUGGUUUUGAUCCAUUCGGUCGUUAGGAAGACGGAUGAUCUCUUCUUGGAUGAAGAGGCGGCGACGACUGAUGAGACUUCUUGGUGA